AUGUCAAACUUCUUCCGGGACAGUUCAAUGGGAUUUAAGCCUCGACCAAACAUAUUUGCUAAACUGAGAGUCAGGGAUUCAGAACCGGAAGGUCCUCUAAACAACGACAUCGACACUUCCGUCGAUUGUCUCGAGGCUGGUUCUUCCAUUGAAGGAGAUGAUGCGUUCAAAAAACCCAAUAAAACUUCUAAUGGGAGAGAAGUAACUACGAGUGCAGAGCAUGUUCAAAGAAACCCUAGUUAUUCUAGCGACGUGGUCGAUGCAAGCUCUCCGAAGCGUCAAAUGGCUAUAGAUCGACACAAUAAAUUUUUAAACAACAGUGGCGGUACAAAUGAAAAUGAUACCGAUGAAGAUUUUGAAAUUACAGAAGUAAGAGAUGUGAGUGAAGGUGUGGCAAUGGAAACCAAAGAAGAUCAUGGUGAUGUCAAUGAUUCCGAGACAACCCUAAAAGAUAACAAAGUUCACGAAUAUGCCAUAACAAACGGCAAGCCCAUUCUGCACACACCAAUUGAUGCUUCCAAUACAUCUUCGAAUGAUGUUCUCCUAGAAGCAUUUACAAACACUCAAAGAAUAUGUUCUAAUUUGAAGCAGGAAUUACAAAAUCAGCAACAGGAUAACGUUAAGUUAAAAACUCGAUUACAAUCGUAUGUUUCUGACUCAGGUAAAAUCAACGACAAAGUAGGCAAGUAUAAAAACUGGUUAGAAACCCUUCAGGAAAACAUUACAACCUUGACUAGCCAUAAAAAUAGUCAAGAUACUAAAUUAAAGGAUUUAAGACAAAACCACCAACUGAAUCAGAGGAGAAUUACCGGGUUUAAAACAACAAUUGAAAGCUUGAAUGGAAAAAUAAAUGAACUAGGUAAACAUAAAAAAGAUGCUGAUACUGAGCUAAUGAAAAGAGGUAAGGAAAUCGAAUAUCUAAAAAGAGAAUUAGACGAUUGUUCUGGCCAAUUGAGUGAGGAAAAAAUCAAAAAUAGUUCAUUGGUACAGGAAAUAGGGAAAAAUAGAGAGCAAUUGACCAAAAAAAUGGAAGACCUUCUUUCAGAAGAUAAAGCUUAUCAUUUACUACAAUUCACCAAGUUUGAGGAGAAAAUCCAUACCAUAUUCGAAGAGAAACUACGGGAACACUUCCGUGGUGCAAUAGAUUCUUUCAGCUUAGAACUGAAGAACAAUGGCGUAGAGUUAAAUGAUCAUACAGAGACUAUCUUAAAGCAACAAUGUGAACAGUUUAAAGAAAAUCUACAAAACAAAAUGUCUUUGAGUGAGAACAAUACAGCAAAUUUUUUAACAGAACUGGGCAUAAAGCAAAAUGAACUUGUGAUAAAAGUACAAGACGAACUUUUGACAUCAUCAAAGAAUACUCAAACAGCUCUACUAGCUGAAAUGAAAAGUACAAAACAAGAUAUACUUGAUGAUUCAUCGCAAGCUGCUAAGAACUCACUAGUCUUGGCCGAUUUGCUGAAAGAAUACAAAGCAGAAAUAGUUCAGUCAAACGAGUAUGAAGAAAGGAUAAAGCAACUGGAAAGUGAAAGGUCGACUUUAUCUUCACAAAAGAAUCAAAUUAUUAGCUCCCUUGGUACUAAAGAAGCACAGUAUGAAGAUCUCGUCAAAAAAUUAGAGGCAAAGAACAUAGAGAUUUCACAGAUUUUUGGUAAAGAACAAAGUUUAAUUAAAAAAAACGAGAGCCUUUCUAAUGAACUAAAGAAAGCUCAGGACCAGCUUGAUAAAAUAAGCAGUCUAAACACCACUACAAAAUCAAAUUACGAGAAUAAAAUUUCCUCACAAAAUGAAAUUGUUAAGGCAUUAACUUCCGAAAAUGACACUUUGAAACAAAGAAUCCAACAGCUCGUAGAAUUUAAGGAGAAUGCGCAAAAGGAUCAUUCAACAAAAUUAGAAGCAUUCCAAAGGAACAGCGAGCAACUACAGAAGCUAAAUGUCGAGGUGGUACAGUUAAAAGCCCAUGAGUUAGAGCUUGAAGAGCAAUGUCGGUACCUAAAAGGCUGCUUAGAUAAGAAGGAAAUCGGAGUCGAAGAAUCACUGAGCGAUGUAAAAGUUUUAAAGCAGCAAUUAAUAGUCUUGAAAUCGGAAAAGCAAGACAUCACUGCCGAAAAGUUAGAGUUGCAAGAUAAUCUAGAAAACUUAGAAGAGGUUACCAAAAAUUUACAGCAGAAGGUACAAUUCCAAAGAAGGGAACUAGAAGAGAAAAUUAAACAGUUGGAGCAGAUCAAAAACCACAAAAGAGCUGAAUUCAAACAAAGAGGUAUCCAAAGCUCUACGAAACCAUCGGGCUCACCUAAAAAAAAUGAUACAAGAUCGGAAUUUAUUCCUAACUCUUCGAAAAUUGAUUCCUCAUCUAACAGGCCGCCUAGGGUCGAUCAUAUAGCCAAAUCAACCAAAACGGAACCAUCUAAAGAAACAUCUAAAUACAACGAUGAGUUUGAUCUUUCUUCGUCUUCCAAUGAUGACUUAGAGCUUACCAAUCCCUCUCCCAUUCAAAUCAAGCCAGUGAGAGGUAAAAUUAAAAAAGGUUCAAAUUUCAUGAAACCUCCAAUCUCUUCAAGAAAAAAAUUGUUACUGGUUGAAGACGAAGACCAAUCAUUAAAGAUGAGCAAAAAGAGAAGAAAAAAAUAA